CUAAAAAAAAUAUAAUAUUAAUUAAAUCUUAUUUAUAUAGAGAUGUAAUAUUUUGAAAAAACUUUAACUACAUAAGUAAAUUUAGAUAUACCUAUAAAUGGAAUAAAUUAGGAUUGUUUGAAGUUCAUUCCUAAAACCAAACAUAAAAAAAAAUAAAAGAUAGUUAUUGGCGAUGUUUAGGGGUUUAUUUAUUUAAUUAAAAACUCAAAAUAGCAAUGGUGUAGUAAUAUUUGGCAAAAAGUUGAUGAAAACCUUCCUGAAGAAGAGAAGAGCAUCAAAUCAUUAUAAAUAUGCAAAAUUUUAAAAUCAAAAAAAAACAAAAGAGAUCGGAUACUCUUUUCAGAUGGGAAAUAUAUUAAAUGCGUUAAUAAAGGCAAUUUAUUAUAAUCAGAUAAUUAAAAUUUAGAUAAUUAAUAUGGUAAAUUGAACAAAGUAUUUGGUGAUGAAGAUAAUCUUAUUAUUCAUACGCAACAAAAUAAUACUCUUUAUAAAAUAAAAUUUAAGAAGAGCUCAAGUUGGCUUUCACUUUCAUACGAUUUGAAACUCUAAACGCUUUAAUAAAAACCUUAUUUAAAUGAAAUUAAUGAUUUGGAUUAUGAUUAUGAAACAUAAAAUCUGGUGUUUUCUUCACUUAAUUGUGUUUUUAUCACUGAUAAAGAUUUGAAUGCGGUUACAGGAAUAGGUCACUCAUGCGAUCUUGGGAGAGUUAAAGUAUUUGAUAUUAGAAAGCAAAGAUUUAAUGCUUUCUCUAUUUAGCCAUUCAAUAAUCAAUAAGAAUAAGGAAAUUAAAAUUAACUUCCCCUUAUACCAAUUUAAAGCGUUUUAGUAGAAAGUAAAAAAACUCAAGAAUUGGUAUUAGGUACUUAUUUUAAGAAUUAAUACGCAUAGAUAGAUCAGAUUUUAUCAACAACAGAAUAAUUAACUUGUUUUGGCUAUGGAGAUAUAUUUAAAAGCGAAAAGAAUUAGAUUAUUUGUGGCUAUAAAGGAGGCUUCUAAAUAUUUUAAGAAGAUUUAAAUAGAGCUUAUCAGUCUAUUGAAUCAGUUACUUAAAAUAUACUUUUACCUAAUACCCCAAUCAGCUGCGAAUCAGGUGACUUUAAAGAUGAUUUAAUUCAUUAAAAUUUAGGAGAGUUUAUUUUUUAUUCUCAAGAUGGCUAAUUAACAAGCAUUUCUCCUUCAAUUGAUCAUAAUCAAAAGCAAGAUUUUAAUGAAAGUUAGAUGCAAGGUUUUAGAUUCAGAUAAGAAACUCAAAACUCUAAUCCAACAAACUAAAAUAAUAGAAAUUUUAUUGAUUUAUCUAGUUAAGUAAUUAAUUAAAACCAGUAAAGAUAAGUAAGAAGUACAAGUUUAUAGCCAAGCUCGAUGAGUUUAGAAGAAAGCUAAAAUAAUUAAAAAUAAAAUGAACUUAUUUAAGAAAGAUCUUCUUCUCAAUAAAAAUCUAAAAAUGAUGUUAGCACAAAUAGUAUCUUGUAAAACGAGCCAUCACAGAAUUAAAUACCUCCUAAACCCAAAUAAAAACAUAAACUGGAAUUUAGAGUAAAUAGAAACAGCAACUAAAACUUAUCAUAAUCAGGAUAAAAAGAAGGCAUGAAUGAGUAAGCUACUUAAAAAAAUGAAUAGUAAAAAUAAAUUAGUUUUUAAUAAUAAAUUUAUAAUGAUGAAAUAGAAUAAACUGAAAAUAAAUAGUAAUAGUAAGAAGAAAAUCAUAAAAAGUAAGAGAAUGACAGCUAUUAAUACUUUAUUUCUUAGCUCAAACCAAAAAAAUAGUCAAAAAUAGUGGAUGAGGAAAUGGAUGAAAUAGAGAAAUAAUUCUAGGCUGCCUUGAAUAAAACUAGCUAACCAUUUAUAGUUUCAAAGGCUAGUAGUAAUUUUAGCGAUAAUAAAUGCUCAAAACUCUCUUCUGUAGUGUUCUCGACUAACAGCAAUAACAAAACCCUAGGCUUUAAAUAAAAUUCUAUCAAAAGCUCUAUUAAUAAUGAAUAACGAUAAGAGCUUGUUGAAAAAAUUAUGCUAAACACCUAAAAUAAUAAAUAUUACGAUGCUGAAGAUAUACUCAAAAUAACUGAAAAAUCUCCAAUCAAACAAUAGAAAAAUUUGAGUAAAGAUUCAACUCCACUAAAAUAAGAUUGCAAUAUUUAAGAUUUUAACAAAUUGUAAGAAUAUCAAUAAUAGCAGUAGUAAUAAUAGUCAUAAUAACAGUAGUCUCCUACAAAAUUAGAUUCGUAUCGAGGGAGGUUGAGAAGACCUUCGUUAAAUAAAUAAAGAGAGAGUUCAUUUAAUUUUUAAGAUUUAUCUUGCAAUUUCAUAAAUGAUUUCCAAAAUCAAUCAAAUAUAAAUUAUUUUGAUUAAGAUAUUUCUUUAAAAUAAGAUAGCUAAAGCAAAGUAGAAUCGAAUGGCUAUAUUUAAUCCCCAGAAAAAUUUAAAGUUUUUUAGGAGCAACAAAAAAGCAAUUAAAAAAGUAAUAUUGUGUAAAAUUUAGAAAAGGAAUUACAAAAAAAUCAAAUUAAUUUUAAUUUUAACAAUCCAUUAGAAUUUUUGAAAAAAAGUUCAAAUGACAAUUCUUCUGCUUUUAAUUAACAAAAGUAAUAAAAAUUAAAAGAGGAGCAAGAAUAGCGAGGCUAGUAGCAAAUGAUUUACAGAAGGAGGAGAAUAUCCUCUGAUUUUUAUAAUCUAAGCUAAGAAUAAAGUGAUCAAUUAAAUAAUUAAUCAAUUCUUCAUUUAAAUUAAUAAAAUGAGAAGAAAGACUAACAAUUUUAAAAAGAAAUUGAAUAAUCUCAAAAAGAUAAAAUUUAUCAAAAAAGUAGCAAUAGAACUUCACCUUUGAGAUACUCUAGACAAUCUAGCAUUGAUAAUUUUUAUAAUUAGGAAAAAUAAGAAGAAAGACCAAAAAUUUUAAUUAAUAAUAAUAGAAAUAACAAUGAUUUAUCAAUUUAUACAAGAUUAGAAGAAGUCUAAAAUGGUGAUUUUGGUUCCACAUUAUAAAAAUUUUCUCUAAAUAAAGAUUAUAGUAAAGAAGAUUUAAUAUCUAAUACUGGAUUAUCAUUUUAAUAAAGUUCUGAAGAUCUUAGCUACAAAUAAAAUCCUAUAAAACAAAAUAGUUUAUUUCAACAAAAUAAUAUUCCAAAAUAUUAAUAUCCUGUUAAUCUAUCUUAGAAAAAUUAAAAUAAGAAAAAAGACUCGUUUGACUUUUUUGAAGAUGCAAAUAGCUAUUUAAAUAUCUCAAAUCAAGCCAACUAGUCUGAAAAAAAUCAAGAUUAGUAAAACGAAAAUAGUAAGAUUUAAAAUGUAAAUAAAAAAGAAGCAUAACUUUAAAAUGAAAAUUACAACCAACAAUAUGAUUUAAAUGCCAAAAAUAAUAAUAAUAACUUGAACAAUUUAUCUACUAGUUACAGAAACUAAUCAUACAACGAAAGUAAAAGUACAAAAUUAUUUUUAAAUGGCGAAGAUGAAUUUGACAUUUAUGAUUAUAAUGUUAAUGAUAAAUAAAAUGAAUCAAUUCAAAGCUUAAAAAAAGCAACAACCUAAUUAAACAAUUCAAAUAAUUUUGAAAAAUAGCAGAAAUAAAAUUCAUAAUAAAUGAGAUAACAAAUUCCAAAAGAUAAUCGUAGAGGUUCAGUCAAGUAAACCUCUGAUUUAAAUGAGUAAAACAAUCAUUUUAAUGAAAACAAUAAUAAAAAUUAGUAUUUUUAAUCUAAUAUAUCCUCUUAUCAUAAUUAAAGAAAUUCAAUAUAAAACUUCUUUAAUAAUAAUAGCAAUAAAUAAGCAUUUAAUUAAUAGACUAAUACAAAAAGAUAUGUUUUAGAUUCUCCUACAAAAGUGGAUGAUGAGUAAGAUGAAUAUGUCUAAGACAACUAAAAUUAUCAACAUAAAAACCUUCUUUGGAGAUAAUAAAUUCCUUCAAGAUAAUUCUUAAGUAUCUAUUAAUAAGAUGAAAGCACAAUGCAUUUACUACCUAAAAAUAAAACUAAAGCGUUUUUGUAUGAUCCUGAUGAGAUAUAUUAAUUAUAAAUACUUCCUACAGGUUAUGUUUAUGAAAAACAGCAAUAAAUUUAGUAAAGCAAAUAUAAAAACACUUCAUUUAAGAUUAUUAAAAAAUAUAAUACAAGCCUAAUUGAACUGUUUAAAGAUCAAAAUAUAUUUUAAAUUGAAGAUUAAAAUAGCUUAACAAGAUUCAAACAAGCAUAAAAACAAUUAAAAUAUAAUCAUUUGUAAAAUUCAUUCGAUUUGAGUAAUGAAAAUGAUUGCAUAGAACUAAUAAUAGAAAAUUUAAGAAAAGAAAUUCAAGAUAUUUAAAAUGAGCUAUAAGAAAUUUGUUAAUUCUUUAAUGAGUAAGUAACUGAAAAUGUUAAGUUACUGCCUUCAGUAAAUUAUAAAAAAGAGGUAAUUUAUAAAUAAAACAGGGUGAGAUACAAUAUAUAAACAGAAUACCAAAUUUAAUCCAUAUAUGCUUAGAUAAAAACGCCUCGUUCAGUUGAGAUUACUUAACCUUUAAAUAUAGAUAUAAAUCAGGAAGAAAAUAAUGAAAUUUGUAUUGUCACAGAAUAGUUUCCAUAACUUUAAAUUAAUAAAUGCUAAGGAGCAAAUGAAGAGUAUAAAUUGUAAUCAUUUGAAAUUAAGAUUAUAGACAAAGAGGCUAAGUCAAUUUAUUUUGAUAUGUUAUAUCAUGAAGAUGGUUUUACAGUUGAAACUGCAUUCUUAAUUAAAUUCAAUAGUUUUGAAAACUCUUGCUAUGAGUUAGUUGAUAAAAAUAAAGCAUUUUAAUUUUUAUAACUUAAAAAUAUAUCAACAUAAAAUCUUAUUCAAGAUUCUAUUAGCAACUAUCAUUCUUUAAAAUUGGAAGGCUUAUAAAAAAAAUAAUUUACAAGCCUUUUUAAAAGCUUAUUUAACUUUUAAAUCAACGAAUAUAUGCAAAAAUAUGAAGAAUUUUUUGUCAAAACUGUAAACACUAUCUUUAAUUUUAAUAUAAUUUUACACUGCCUAGAAAACAAAUUUAUAUUUUAUUCUCAAAGUCUUCAGUAUAUAAAAUGCUUAUAAAAUCGAAUAAGUUCAAGAAUAGAUGAAUCUGUUUACAAAAUCUAAUUUUCUAUAAACACUUCACAAAAGGCAUACUAAUAUCAUUUUGAUCAAAUAUUUUCAAAAGUAAAAUUUAGAAAGGACAUUAGAGAAUAAUAAAGCAUCAUUAUGCCUCUUUAAGAAAUAAUAUAAACUUAAGGAUAUGAAGGUCUAUCAAAGUAAUAUAGAAGGUUGCUGUAAAAAUAAGAUGAAUUAAAUAAAAACUUUUUGCAAUCUUAUGAUUUUGAUGAGAUAUGCAGAUUGCAGCUAGAUAACAUAGUAAGAUGUUAUAUUUAAAUUAAUCCUAAAUAAAAAUCUACAUUUGAACAACAAAAAACUGUAAUAGAUAAUCUCAUAUUUAAUUUAAGAGUAAAACAAAUAUAUUCUCUAUUAUUUCCACUAGAGAAUGCUUCAUUUGUCAGUAAUUGA